AUGGCAGCGGCUCCAGGAGACAGCAGCCCCAGCGGCGACAGCCGGCUGGACCGAGAGACGGCCCAGUGGCUGCGAUGGGACCAGAAUCCUUUAACUUUAGAAUCUGUGAAAAAACUAAUUGCGGAUGGUAAUAAAGAAGAACUACAGAAAUGCUUUGGGGCACGGAUGGAAUUUGGAACAGCUGGGCUCCGAGCUGCGAUGGGACCAGGCAUCUCUCACAUGAACGACUUGACCAUCAUCCAGACUACACAGGGAUUUUGCAGAUACUUGGAAAAACAGUUCAGCGACCUGAAGCAGAGAGGCGUGGUCAUCAGCUUUGAUGCCCGUGCCCACCCUCCCAGUGGGGGCAGUAGCAAGAGGUUCGCCCGGCUUGCUGCAACCACAUUCAUCAGUCAGGGGAUCCCUGUGUACCUCUUUUCUGAUAUCACUCCAACCCCCUUUGUGCCUUACACAGUAUCACACCUGAAGCUUUGUGCUGGAAUCAUGAUAACUGCCUCUCAUAAUCCAAAGCAGGAUAAUGGUUAUAAGGUCUAUUGGGAUAAUGGAGCCCAGAUCAUUUCUCCUCAUGAUAAAGGAAUUUCUCAAGCUAUUGAAGAAAAUCUGGAGCCGUGGCCAAAAGCUUGGGAUGAUUCAUUAAUUGAUGGCAGUUUGCUUCUUCAUAACCCAACUGCUUCCAUCAAUAAAGACUACUUUGAAGACCUGAAAAAAUACUGCUUUCACAGGAGUGUGAACAGGCAGAGCAAGGUGAAGUUCGUGCACACGUCGGUGCACGGCGUUGGCCAUGACUUCGUGCAGUCCGCCUUCAGAGCCUUUGACUUCGCUCCCCCGGAGGCUGUGCCCGAGCAGAAGGAUCCUGAUCCCGAGUUCCCCACCGUGAAAUAUCCGAACCCAGAAGAGGGCAAAGGUGUCUUGACACUCUCUUUUGGUUUGGCCGACAAAACCAAGGCACAGAUUGUUUUGGCAAAUGAUCCAGAUGCUGAUAGACUUGCCAUAGCAGAAAAACAAGACAGGGGUGAGUGGAGAGUGUUUUCCGGCAAUGAGGUGGGGGCGCUCCUGGGCUGGUGGCUCUUUACCUCUUGGAAGGAGAAGAACCAAGAUCGCAGCGCCCUCAAAGACACCUACAUGCUAUCCAGCACGGUCUCCUCCAAAAUCCUACGGGCCAUCGCGUUGAAGGAGGGCUUUCAUUUUGAGGAAACGUUAACUGGCUUUAAGUGGAUGGGAAACAGAGCCAAGCAACUCAUAGACCAGGGGAAAAAUGUGCUCUUCGCAUUUGAAGAAGCUAUCGGGUACAUGUGCUGCCCCUUCGUUCUGGACAAAGAUGGAGUCAGUGCCGCUGUGAUAAGUGCAGAGUUAGCGAGCUUCCUAGCAACCAAGAACCUGUCUCUGUCUCAGCAGCUAAAGGCCAUCUACAUUGAGUAUGGCUACCAUAUUACCAAGGCUUCGUAUUUUAUCUGCCAUGAUCAAGGCACCAUUAAAAAAUUAUUUGAAAACCUUAGAAAUUAUGGUGGGAAGGACACUUACCCAAAAACGUGUGGCAGGUUUGAAAUUUCUGGAAUUAGGGACCUUACAACUGGCUAUGAUGAUACCCAGCCUGACAAAAAAGCUGUUCUCCCAACUAGUAAAAGCAGCCAGAUGAUCACUUUUACCUUUGCUAACGGAGGCGUGGCCACCAUGCGGACCAGUGGUACAGAACCCAAAAUCAAGUACUACGCGGAACUGUGUGCUCCGCCUGGAAACAGCGAUCCUGAGCAGCUGAAGAAGGAGCUGAAUGAACUAGUCAGUGCUCUUGAAGAACAUUUUUUCCAGCCACAGAAAUAUAACCUGCAGCCAAAAGGGGAGUAA